ACCGGAAAUCCCCUUUUAACUUCCUGCUUUACAGAUCAAGUGGCUAGCCAGUUUUCAUUCACAAUGCAGGCCAAGCUGAGAAAUGAUUUGAUCUCGCACGUAAACUUGUUUCUGAUGAGCGGUAGAGGUACUAUGUAGACACGUGAAUUUAGUGCCUUCACGCCAUCGUUUAUUUUCAAAUGUCGUGAACUAUAAAGGAAACCAUGAGUAGUGGGACGGACGACAGAUAUCACGUGUACCUGAUAGAGGAUCCAGAAAACCAGUCAGAUGAAAUCCGAGACUUCAUCAACGUUCUCUCUCAAAAGUUCGAUUGCCUUGGUAGCCAUCCACAGUGUAAAAUAUAUUUACCGAGGAAAUGUGACAUCGCCGGAAAGUGCAAAUUUUAUAAUGUUUUUCAAGCCAUAAGACAAUGUGAGAUGAUUCUUUGUAUAAUCUCACCAUGGAAUACCAACUGGAUCAAGUACUGUCAAUCGUCUAGUCUGUACAAGUCAGUAAUCAACGGCAACAGGGAUAAGUUUAUACCGGUGUUUCUGGGGUAUUCGUCUGUAGAAGAAGCUCUCCGAGCUUGUCCCAGAAGAGAUUGAAGAUCAAACCAAAGUGAUAUUUAAUAGGCAGUGGAGAGAAGAUGCUGAUUCAUGGCACAGUUGCGCAGGUCUUUGAACCUUCCAGAGGUACCAUUAACAACGCCUUCUGAUGAGAUUUACGGAGCAGUACAAUGCUCUGAAGAUUCUACUAGGCAAAUGGAAAUGAACAUGCGUGCAGCACUGGAGGAGAGUUCAGACGAGUUGUUCACGGAUGAGCCUCCGUUCUCCGUGGAUGACGAUGCUAUCAGUGUGCCUGAUAGUGCCGACGAGAACGUCUCCUGUCAUAGAGCAAGAUCACUGGCAAGCACUUCAAACCAGAGAAUCUCGGACCAAGGUUCUAACCCCGUCAGGUUCAGCAACAAAAAGCCAACUCGUCUGCCUGACUGCAGAAGCAGCCAUUUAGUCACUAGCAGCCCGGAUUCCUCAUCUGGACGUCCAAAUGCGGUCAAUGCAAAUGCCUCCGUUGAAUCACACUGUGUUGACGCGCAGAAUGAGACUCAAGUCAAGCAGAUAGAUCAUGUCAACAGUAACUAUGAGAAUAACCCCGCCCAGAACAACUGUACCAGUGGAGAAGAUGAGAGUAUCGUCGCGGAGAACAACUGUACCAGUGAACAAAACGAGGGUAUCGCCGCAGAGGACAAUUCUACCGGUGGCCAAGACGAGAGUAUCCCCCGGGAUGGCAACUAUAACAGCGGGCAAGAACAGGGUAUCCCCGAGGGGGACAACGGUAUCAGUGGACAAGAAAAUCAAAGACAUUGGUUUUUGGGAAGGGUAUUUUCUUCUGUAUGGAAUCUUUUGAAAUAUUACUGAAGCAUCGCUCAACACAUAUUUGUAUAACCCUGAAAAAAAAGUUAUUGAAAGCUAUGUAAACUUAUUUUUUAACAGAACUAUGGUAUUUAAUGUUGACAAAGUUUCUUUAUGAGAAUGACUAGUUAAAAUGAGCAGUUUACAACUGGCUCUACAGAACUAACGAGCAAUCUGGACCUGAUUGCACCCUCAUAUAGGUUGAUCGCUGCUCUAGCACGGAGGUGGCGGUUGCAAAGUGAGAGGAGUUAAAUGGUAAAGCCAUAUGCUAAGGGACAAAACUAAAGGAAAUCGGGCUUACGGACAAAAUAUUCCAGGCUUAUGAGAAAAUUUUAAUCGUGUCAGAAUUCUAAUGGAGAGUUCUGGUCAUGUGGCCUUUUACAGGUAUGUUUAUUCCAUUAUUAUUAGUGCUUAUAUAAGUCUCAGUCUUAUGCUUUACUCACUGGAACAUUUUAUAUCUUAUACCGCUUAAUAUGUGCUAAAGAUUUGAAAUUUAUUUUUUGUAAAUUUUAACUUUGGGAGAUAAUUCUAUUUCUCUCUAUUUUUUGUAAUUGUCCAUUCAUUGUAUGUCCUUUCUUUCCCAAGGUUUGUAAGCUUAUAUACAGCUUUACUAAACAAAGUCUUCUUUUGUAGCUUUAAUUUCCGUUGUAUUUUGCGUUUGUAGACAUUUCUUCUUCACUGGGAUUCACUGACGAGGAUACGUUGUAGACCUUUAUGGAGGAUGGAUCCUUUAUGGAGUUUUCUCUCUGAUAAGUUUUCUCAAACAACUUAUUUCCCCGGGACAGAAUUAGAUUUCUUAGGAGUCAUCAGUUAAGGGGCAUGCUCAAGUUGCUAUGUAAAAUGUCAUCACUUUGCACUUGUGAGCAUUUGUGUAUUUUACAAUAAAUAUUUGAGCCCAUUGCAUUAUUCCUGUAAAUUUGUCCGGCCUAUUUUUUUUUUCUUUUUUGUAUUACUAAACUUACGCCUGAACAUUCUUUAUUCGUACUGAACCUAUAUUGCUGCGAAAU